AUGCCCUUCCCCAACAGGUCUGACCUCAGCCCAUCCUCCUUCAUCUUGGCCAGCAUCCCGGGGCUGGAGGCUGACCAUUUCUGGAUGGCGAUCCUUCUGUGCUCCAUGUACAUCUUGGCAGUCACAGGCAACUGCGCGGUGCUGUUCAUUGUGAAGACAGAGCCCAGCCUGCACGCUCCCAUGUACUUCUUUCUCUGCAUGCUGGCUGCCAUCGACCUGGCCUUGUCCACGUCCACAGUGCCACGUGUUCUCUCCUUCUACUGGUUCAACACCAGAGAGAUCAGCUUCGGCGCUUGCCUUGUCCAGAUGUUCCUCAUCCACACCCUCUCGGCCAUCGAGUCCACUGUCCUCCUGGCCAUGGCCGUGGACCGGUACGUGGCCAUCUGCCACCCGCUGAGACACGCUGCCAUCCUCACCAACGCUGUGACAGUGAAAAUAGGGCUGGUAGCCAUGGCCAGGGGAGUUCUUUUCUUCCUGCCUUUGCCUUUGCUCCUCCUGCCCCUUCCAUUCUGCAGCUCCCGGGUGCUGUCACACUCCUUCUGCCUCCACCAGGAUGUGAUGAACCUGGCCUGCGCCAACACCACCCCUAGUGUGGUGUAUGGCCUCACCGCCAUCCUGCUGGUCAUGGGGCUGGAUGCCAUCCUCAUCUGCCUCUCCUACAUCCUGAUCCUCAAGGCUGUCUUGCGGCUAGCAUCGUGGAAGGAGAGGCUUAAGGUGUUCAGCACCUGCAUUGCCCAUAUCUGUGUGGUCCUAGCCUUCUACGUGCCCUUGAUUGGGCUGUCCGUGGUGCACAGGUUUGGGAAGGAUCUGGCUCCAUUGGUCCAUAUCAUCAUGGGGAACAUCUACAUCCUGGUGCCUGCUGUGCUCAACCCCAUCAUCUAUGGGGUGAGGACCAAACAGAUACAGAGGAGGAUCCUGAAUUUAAUUCAUAUAUACAAUGACAGAACUGCCCAGUGA